GGCGCGCGGGGUGAGGCCGCCGCGGGGAGGGCGCGGUGCGGCGGGUCGGCCGGGAGGGGAGCGCGGCUGUGAGCGCUGGAAGAUGGCGGCAGCGGCAGGGGCGGCGGCAGCCGAGCAGCAAAGUUCCAAUGGUCCUGUAAAGAAGUCCAUGCGUGAGAAGGCUGUUGAGAGAAGGAAUGUUAAUAAAGAGCACAAUAGUAACUUUAAAGCUGGUUAUAUUCCAAUUGAUGAAGAUCGUCUCCAUAAAACAGGAUUGAGAGGGAGAAAGGGCAAUUUAGCCAUCUGUGUUAUUAUCCUCUUGUUCAUCCUGGCUGUCAUCAAUUUAAUUAUAACACUUGUUAUCUGGGCUGUGAUUCGCAUUGGACCAAAUGGCUGUGACAGCAUGGAGUUUCAUGAAAGUGGUCUGCUUCGAUUUAAGCAAGUAUCUGACAUGGGAGUUAUACAUCCUCUGUAUAAGAGCACAGUAGGAGGAAGGCGAAAUGAAAAUUUGGUCAUCACUGGCAACAACCAGCCCAUUGUUUUUCAGCAAGGGACAACAAAGCUCAGUGUAGAAAAGAACAAAACUUCUAUUACGAGUGACAUUGGUAUGCAGUUUUUCGACCCAAGGACUCAGAAUGUCUUAUUCAGCACAGACUAUGAAACUCAUGAGUUUCAUUUGCCAAGUGGAGUAAAAAGUUUGAAUGUUCAAAAAGCAUCUACUGAAAGGAUUACCAGCAAUGCUACCAGUGAUUUAAAUAUAAAAGUUGAUGGGCGUGCUAUUGUGCGUGGAAAUGAAGGAGUAUUCAUUAUGGGCAAAACCAUUGAAUUUCACGUGGGUGGUAAUAUGGAGUUAAAGGCUGAAAACAGCAUCAUCCUAAAUGGAACUGUGAUGGUCAGCACAACCCGCCUACCCAGUUCUUCCAGCGGAGACCAGUUGGGUAGUGGUGACUGGGUACGCUACAAGCUAUGCAUGUGUGCUGAUGGGACUCUCUUCAAAGUGCAAGUAACCGGCCAGAACAUGGGCUGCCAAGUCUCAGACAACCCCUGUGGAAACACAUAUUAGAAGAACCCCAGAGCCAUCAAUAUUUUCAUGUCUGGAUUUGACUUUUUUUUUUUAAGAGUAUGCAUGCAAAUCAUUCUUUUACAAAAUUUAUGAUAAUUCAUUGUAAUUAUUUUAACUGCAGAGCACUGCUAUAUCUAUUAUAUAGUCUUCAUAUUUAAAAUAUUCUCAGAGAGCUUAAAUUCUAAUACAUUUUAUUAAGUUGCACUGAUCUUCAAAUUACAGCUCUCUAAAAUAAUUAUGAGAAGUGAAUAAAAUCUAAAUUAAUCUUUAAAGAAAUGUUUUUAAAAUUGCACUAUCCCUUUUCUAAAGAAUAAAGGGCUGAAAGCAACUGUUUAGACUCACUAUAAGUAAGCUCUUGGUAACUCUAAUGGGGAUAGACCCACUUAAGAUGUUUAAAGGGUACACUGUCAGUGUUUGAUGCUCUGUCUUGGCUGUGGCUUCUAAAAGGAAAGACACAGAUUUUUUUGGCAUUGACCUUGAGCCAUAUUCUCACAUGCAAGUGAAGUCAUCUAAGAACUUUACAUAUGUGAGAUAGUAAGAAACUGUGGUUCCUUAGCACUAGGAAGAAAAUACUCUGUAAUUGAAUAUUUACUUGAAAUAAUGAUAAAUAUCAAGUGUUCAUAAUGUGGUAUAAAUUAAAAUAAAAUCCAGCUUUAACUUUUAAAUAAUAAUGAUAGCCGUCAUUGAGGAUCUUAAACAUCCUAGGCAUUGUCCUAGACAUUGCUUGUUGAAUAUCUCUAAUCCCUACCACAACGCUGCAAGUAGGUGUUUUUAUCUCAGUUUUACCCAGUAGGAAACUGAGGAUCAGAGAAGUUAAACUUGACUAAUGUCACCUGGAAAGUAGUAGAGUUAAGACUGGCAUUCAGGUGUGAUUUAAACCUAGAUGUACCUGAUUCCAAACACCGUGUUCUUUUCACUAUCUGCACUGAAUUUUCAGUUAUUUAAAACUCUAGAAAUACGAACAAAGACUAAUUCACACUUACCUAAGCAGACAAGAGUCAAAUAAAAUAGGUAUGCUUACUCUAGUUAUAAGAAAAUAAAUAAAUCUCUUGUCAAACAAAAAAAUGACCAAUCACUGUCAGGUUUUAAACUAUCUUAAUCCAGUUCCAAAAUAUUAUACUAUAGAGAAGUCAAAUUGGCCUCCUUGUGAGCUAUCCCAGUUUCCCAGCUGAUGGGCCUUGGCACAGUGGAGUGUCUGAAUGGGUAACAGCGAUGCCAAGAUAUUUAAACUCUUAGCAAUCAGGGCAGCACAGAGGAAAGUGGGGAAGCCAUGGGCCCAGACAAGUUCUGCUGGCCAGGAAUGGCCCGAUGGGUUUACUCCAGUGUGCCACACAAAUAGUACCCUCCUUAAUGUGUGCCCUGCCUUGAAAGUAAGUUGUGAAGUACCAGACUGAAAAGUGCUAAUGCAGGAGAUAAUACCAAUAAUGUUUAAGUAACUGUAAGAAUUUGCCUCUGCUCCUAAUAUCACUAUCUCAUUGUAUUUAUUUAUAACCUUCAAACCAGUCAGUUUUUAAUGUAUUUUAUAUUUGAUUUGAAGUGAACUCUUUGGUGUUAAGACACACACAAGAUCAGGGACAGGAACCCCAAAGUAGUUUGCUAUAAAAUAGGCAUUAGAGAUGUAUUAUAGGUUCCUCCCUGCAUUCAAGUAUAACAGUAUUCUGUCAUGGUCACUUCAAACUUGGUAGCUAAGAGAAUCAAUACAAAAACAAUUUUUGUUCAAUAUUGUCAUAGUUCUCUCUGAUGGAGAAACCAAAUACCUUAGAGAUUAUGAAGUCAUUAAAUUACAGUGAAAUAAGGAUUGUCUUACAGCCUAACACUGAGCUCAAUUUUUAAAUGAAAAAAAAAGAGAUUUAUGACUUCUGAGUGUUAUUAUUUGCGAUAUCAGAAUCCAUUUGGAUAUAUUCAAUAUCAUUUAAUAUCUGGAUGAUAUUCAGAAAAAUUGUUGGAAUUUUUGUUCAGAUGCUCAGUAUAUUUUUAAAUUGUACACUCAUUACUUGUCUACUCUAUUUAGAUUUGUUUAAAAAGUUUCUUUAAAUAAGUAUUUUUACAAAACCACAGAACACUAUAUUACAAAGUAUUAUUUAUUGAAUGUAAUUCAUGAAAUAAUCUAUUUUUACUUCUCUUUGAGAAAUAGUUGUGUUUUUGAUACAUCUUCAUUAAAUGCUUUUGACAUGAGAGGAUAUUUUGAUGUUUUUAUAGAACUGAUCGUUAACAGGUAUGGCAUUUUCGGAUACUUUAAGGUGGUCCUUGCUUUUUUACUGAAACGUAGAGAUGGCAAACUCACUGGGAAAAAGAACAAGAACAAACUAUCUGUUUUACCCAUGACCUAUUUUGAUUCACAGUAAACCUUCAGCAACUCAUUCUUGCCACCAGAUGGUAUUUUUACGUAAACUGAAAUGCUAACUUUAUCUCUUCCUGCUGUAUGUUCAUCCCCUGCCUUGAGCACUAAUAUGACAAACAGCAACCUUGGGGAAGGGGGAUGACAAAGACAGGCCCCCAGGAGGGGGCGCAGAUGCAUGCUUGUUUAAAUAACUACAGUAUUCUGGAGGUGAGUUGCAAUGACAAGCGGGACAAAUUUCAUGAAUGCAGGAUUUUUCAGAGACUGUCUAAUGGGCAGAUAGGAAAAAUGCAAAACAACACAAAACAGGGACUGCCUAUACAUAGUCUGCAGUAUUUUAAAAUAUAUUUAUCUGUAUUCUUUUUGCAUUGUGAAAAAACAAAUUUUGUGUGAUAGUUUUGAUGAUGAAAGGUGGAAGUUCAACCUAGUUUUGAAUGAGUGUUUUUUAAAGGGGUGAGAAUGUUACGGUGCUAAACCUGACAAGCGACCAUUGAAAUGCAGAUAAUAUUAGUAAUCUUUUUAAAAGUGUUGAGAGGGGCAAAGAUUACAAACUAUGCCAUACAAAAAUAAACCUAUAAAUUUGUUUCAGAUUGCUAACUUGAGUUUCAGUUAAUGCAUUUUGUAAUAACUAUUAAUGACCUCUGUUUACAAUAAAAAUUCUGUAAAUUG